GUCCUGUGCAGCGGACGCGGCAGGCGGGGGUGCUACGGCCUUCUCGGCCCCGGCUGGAGUGGGGCGGCCUCCGGGCCUCACUUGCCUAGGUGGAUCCGCGAGAAGCUCCUUGACGCAGAAGCUAGCCCCGACCCCCAAUCCCUCGGAGAGUGGGUCGGAGCCCGGGGAUGAAGGAGAGACCCGGCUGUGCGCUCCAUUCCUCCCGGGCUUGUCUCGAGCGGUGUACCCUUCUUGAAUUAUGCGCCUUCUGACAUUUCUGAACAGUCUUGGGUCACAGACGCUGACUGGCGUCCUCGGGCCUCUUUCCUGGGCCUGCCUUUAGAUUUAAAAUCACAGAACGCGAGGGUAGAAGAAAGUCUUAAAGACCAAUGUCUUCAGCCUUUCCCUUGAUAAAUGAAGAAUGAGGAGCAGAGAGAUUAGGCUCCUGAGGGAAUAAAUUCAUGUGACUUUGCUGCUUUUAUGACUGAAUGAUUUCCACCAGACAUCUGGGUAUUUAAAAAAUUUAGAAAGCAGCUAAUCAAGGAUGUCUCAACUUUUUAUUAUUGUUUGCCGUAAAUGUUUGUUUAUUCCGUUUAAUUGUUCUUUUUUCUAUCAUCAAGUGGAAAUGUUUCCUACCAAGUCUUAUUCUUCUUAGAGUCCUGAAACAACUUAGCACCUUUUACUUAAUAUUUCUCUUUAAAUUAGUCUAUUCUUGAGUCUUUUUUAUCAGAGUUAUUUUCCUGCGUAUAGAAAAUUAACCUGGAGGCGGCUUUCAAAGUACAUUUUUAAAUUCUUAGAAUUUGCAGUUUUUGUUUUUGGUGUAGUUUGUGUUAAUGAUGAUGGCUUCUUCUUCAGUUCCAGCCAGAAAGAGACGGCACAGGAGAUCUUGCUUGAAGCAUUCAUAAGCAUUUGCACAGCUGUGAUGGCAUCUACUUGGUCCAUCCAGGCCAACAAGGAGCAAGAUGAACUUUUGGAAAUAAAGAUAGAGGAAGAGGAGGUGGAGGAGGAAAAUAAGUGUACCGCCAGACAGGAUCAGAACGUGCAAAAGAACACCACCCACAGCAGGGAGGUCUUCCGACAGUACUUCAGGCAGUUCUGCUACCAGGAAACAUCUGGACCCCGUGAGGCUUUGAGCCAACUCCGGGAACUUUGCCAUCAGUGGCUGAGGCCAGAGACACACACAAAAGAGCAGAUUCUGGAACUGCUGGUGUUGGAGCAAUUCCUAACCAUCCUGCCCGAGGAGCUCCAAGCUUGGGUCCAGGAACAGCAUCCACAGAGUGGGGAAGAGGUGGUGACUGUGCUGGAGGAUUUAGAGAGAGAGUUGGAUGAGCCAGGAUAUCAGGUCUCAGUCCACACUGAGGAACAGGAAAUGUUCUUGCAGGAGAUGGUAGCUCUAAGAACAGAACAAGAACCCAGAAUGUCCCUCCCAUCUGUGAAAGCCCAGCUAAAGUGUGAAUCUCCAGAACUUGAAGCCCAGAAGAAGCAAGUUUCAGAUGUUGAGACUGGAAAUGAGUAUAGGAAUUUAAAGCAAGAAGUUUCUGAAGAAAUGAAACCAUAUGGGAAUAUAUCUAGCAAAUUUGAAAAUGAAAUGUCUCAGUCAGCUAGGUAUGAAAAAACUUAUGAACCUGAAGAAAAAACAGAAGAGCCUUCUGGAUACUCCAGGGAAGAUAAACAACAUACAUGUGAUGAAAAUGGAGUAAGUUUGACUGAGAACUCAGACCUUUCUGAACACCAGAGAGUCUGUCCAGGAGAAAAGCCUUAUGAAUGUGAUGACUGUGGAAGAGCUUUUAGUCAACACUCAUGCUUCGUAGAACAUCAGAGGAUCCAUACUGGAGACAGGCCCUACAAAUGCGAAGAAUGUGGAAAGACUUUCCGUGGGAGAGCUGUGCUUAUUCGACACAAAAUAAUACACACGGGAGAGAAACCAUAUAAAUGUAAUGAGUGUGGCAAAGCCUUUGGCCGGUGGUCAGCUCUUAAUCAACAUCAGAGACUUCACACAGGAGAGAAACACUACCACUGUAAUGAAUGUGGCAAAGCCUUUAGCCAGAAAGCAGGUCUCUUUCACCAUCUCAAAAUCCACACAAGAGACAAACCUUAUCAUUGUACUCAGUGUAAUAAAAGUUUUAGUCGGCGUUCAAUUCUUACCCAGCAUCAAGGAGUCCAUACUGGGGCAAAGCCCUAUGAGUGCAGCGAGUGUGGAAAGGCCUUUGUUUAUAACUCCUCCCUUGUUUCCCAUCAGGAGAUCCACCACAAAGAAAAAUGCUAUCAGUGUAAGGAAUGUGGGAAGUCCUUCAGUCAGAGUGGCCUUAUUCAGCAUCAGAGAAUUCACACUGGGGAGAAACCCUACAAAUGUGAUGUAUGUGGAAAAGCCUUUAUUCAGAGGACAAGUCUUAUAGAACAUCAACGAAUUCACACUGGAGAGAGACCCUAUAAAUGUGAUAAGUGUGGGAAGGCUUUCACUCAAAGAUCAGUCCUCACGGAACAUCAGAGAAUCCACACCGGAGAGAGGCCCUACAAAUGCGAUGAGUGUGGGAAUGCCUUCCGAGGAAUCACCAGUCUCAUUCAGCAUCAGAGAAUCCACACUGGGGAGAAACCCUACCAAUGUGACGAAUGUGGCAAAGCCUUCAGACAGAGGAAGAAGACUAGCUACAAGGAUAUACUUCUGAAAAAUCAGUGUGAACCCCAAGCUGGAGUGAAUCUUCUCCUGAGCUCGCUUAUUCCAGAAUGGCAGUCUUCUUGCAGGAAAGAUCUCUAAUAGUGACUGAUGGUAGAGGGAGAGGGCUGUGCCUGGGACCAAGAAUCAGACUGGCAAAACAAAAUCUUUCUUCCAACUUUAAGUUGUUGCUACCAGGAAAGAGAUAUUUGGACCUCACAGGGCUGUCAGAAGACUCGGGGAGCUCUCCCCACAGAUGCUGAGACCAGAAAUACAGACCAAGGAGCAGGCGCUGAAGCAGGUCCUGACCUCUGCCUGUAGAGCUGCAGACCUAAGAAGGAUAAUAUCAUUCAGAACGUAGAGAAGAGGCAUCAGUUAUGCUAGAGAGGUUGAAGAGACAGCUUGAAGGACAAGCCAUCAGGUGGGAAGGGUUGGGAGGAUCAUUUAUGGCUUGACUAGUGAAAGGCUUUAGGAAUAGAACAGAAAGCAGCAAAACAACUUUAGGAUCCACCAGAUGUCUCUGGAGCCAUAACCCAGUAUCUCCCUCAUGGGCUUUAAUUCCGCCAGGUAUUCAUGUACACCUCUGGAACCUUCUCUGCCUAUAUUGGGUUUUUUUUGUUAUUUGGGUGUUUUUACUGAAGGACAGCUUCAAAUUCAAUUUUCCAAGACCAUCUUCAUCCCAUUGCUUUUACGGCCCAGAUAGAACAAGGAUAGAACAAGGUAUGCUUAUGGCAAGAUAGUACCCUGGAAUCAAGAGGUGUCAGGUCCAGUCUAUUAAGACCCUAUCUUAGUUUAACUCUCACGUUAUUGCCUUAUGAAAUGGAAAGCAGAUGAGAAAGAAUGUCUGCAGAGAAAGAAGACAUCCUUGAAAAGAAGGUUUUUAGAACUCUUGUUAGUGUCCUUUCCCUGGAAACCUUGCCCCUACCAGUCUCUUUGCCCAAUUCUUUAGGUAGAAACUCUGGGUAAUAUUUGGGAGGUGUCUGUGUUUUGUUAUUGUUUUGACUUGUUCAACUCCUUUAGCUUCAAAAUGUUUUUCUUAUCUUUUAAUCCUGCAUAUUAACUGAAAAAAUUAUUUUCCCCACUGUUAUUUUUCCAGUUUACUGAUUUCCCCACAUCAAAAUAGUAUGCAUUUUGAAACUGAUCUGCCUGUUGUUUCAAGUUAACUUUUAUUAUAUGCCAUUGUUUGUUGAUCCAUUUAACAAACAUUUAUGGAGCAUUUUGUCUAUACUAGUGGCCUAGGUACAUUCAUUUGGUGUAAAUGAUACUUUUAACUACCUUUAGCAAAUUAAAAUUUCUCUUGGUUUCAUGAUAUUCCCUUUUUUUCACCUCCAGAUUCAAACUGAUCUCUUCUUAACUUUUUUGAUUAUACCUUUCUGAUUCUUUGUCACAUUUUGUGAGAAAAUUCUGUAUGCUCUUCCAGUCUCUUUCUGACGGUCCAGCUGUCUCUUCUCAAACUGGAACUUCACAUGCCUUCUUGCGUGCUUUUCAAAAUUGAAUUGGUAGUUUAGGGAUACUGAAAAGGCAUGCAAUUUAGAUAAAACUGGGUUUUAUUUUCAUCGCUGUUUCUCAUCAUAAGUCUCAUGAUCUCAGCGGAAGAGACAACUGACAUUUGAAUUGUCUGUGCAUUUUUUUUAGAUGGUGUUACUGAGAAUGAAAAUAAGGACUUGUCUCCAACACAAAAAAAUGUCUGAAGAUGCUAAAUCAUGUGGGGGGAAUCUGUAGAAUUACAGCAUCAAUGCAGUAAGUUAGUAAAAGCUUUAGUUACUGAUGAGUCAUUAUUCAGCAUUAGGAAGUACAUACCAAAGAGAAUGUCUCUGAGAGCAACACUUUUGGAAAAGCUUUUGUUUACAGUGGGUCCCUCCUUUCCCACUAGGAAAUCCAUCACAGGGGAAAGUGCUAUCAGUAUAAGGAAUGUGGGAAAGUUGUAUUUGACAUCAGCCAAAGCAGCCUUAUUUGAUAUCAGAAAAUCCACACGAGCAAGAGACUGCAUAAAAUGUGAUGACUGUAAGGAUGCCUUUAUUCAGCGUGGAAACCUUAUAGAACCGUAUGUGAAGGGAGUAGGAAGGAAGGCCUUCACCCAGAAGUCAGGACUGACUGCACUAGAGAAUCCACAUAGGAGAUAGAUCUUACAAACGUGAUGAACGUGGAAAUGUUUUCCACGGGAUCACCAGCAUUAUUCAGCAUUGGAGAAAUCACACUAAAGAAAAACUGACAGUGUGAUGAGUAUGGAAAAGUCUUCAGAUAGAGGUUGGGCCUUAGUAAACAGCAGUGAGUCCAUAUUAGGGAGGCUCUUUUAAAUGAGAAUAUUGUGGGAAGUUGUAUGGACAGACAUCAAGCCUCAACAAUAGUCUCCAUGAUAUUGGAAAAUUAAUAUAAUUAAUGUAAAUGGGCAAGAUGUAUGGGGAAUGGAUAUCUUAAAUUUCCCAUUGUAGCCACUAAAAACAUUCAAUGAACGUCUCAAGCCAAGAAAAGGAAAAGUCAGAAGUUCUUUUCGCUUCUCAAAGGAGUCUGUAAACAUAAGCAACCAGGACUUUUGAAAUUAAGUUGUUUACCUGCAUCCCUGGACUUGUGACACUAUCUCUGAGAUGAUUAUCUCUUUACUGGGGACAUGUUAUUUUCCCAUGCCCACUCUAAUCUCAUAUCUUAAAUUCAUUCAAGUGUAAACAAUAUUGUUUACUGUUUAUUGUAACUAUAUAUAUAUAUACAUAUACACAUAUAUAUUAUUUUUAUGGGCUAAAUAGGCUUGUAUGAGUACAUCAGGGCACAAAAAUGACAUUAUUAAAGUUUCAGUAAACAUAAUGAAAGGAACCACAUCACUGAAUUGUUGGACGUUGGCUGCUUUCCUAAAUUUGGCACUGCCUCUGUGUUCUCCCAACAGAAGGCCAUAUAGGUGUCAUUCACAGAGUAUAUUUCCCAGAUUUGGUUUUUUUGUUUUUGUUUUUGUUUUUUUAAAGAUAGAAAAAGAGGGCUUCCCUGGUGGCGCAGUGGCUAAGAAUCUG